UGCUGCUUGAAUAGCAUCGGAGGAAACGAGACAUUUUAGUUAAACGUUUUCAAGUCUCACUUGUUGACGUUUUGGGGUUUCUACGUUUACUUAGGACUGGAGUAUACAUUCUAAACUGAAAUGGGAGCGUGUAUGGCAUUGUGUUCAAUCGCCAGCUGUGCAUCGUGUCUGUGUGGCUCAGCUCCGUGUCUGCUGUCAGGAUGCUGUCCCUCCACCUACAACUCCACUGUGUCCCGGCUGGCCUUCUCCUUCCUGCUACUGCUGGGGUCCCUGGUCUCUGUCAUCAUGAUCCUACCUGGCAUGGAGACUCAGCUCAAGAAGAUACCAGGGUUCUGUGUGGGCGGAACCUCCAUACCCAUACCAGGCAUCGAAAACAAGAUGAACUGUGAUGUCAUCGUGGGCUAUAAGUCUGUGUACCGCAUGUGCUUUGCCAUGGCCUGCUUCUUUUUUCUCUUCUCCAUCAUCAUGAUCCGCGUUCGCAGCAGCAAGGACCCCCGAGCCUCACUACAGAACGGAUUCUGGUUCUUCAAGUUCCUUAUACUGGUGGGGAUAACUGUAGGAGCCUUCUUCAUUCCAGACGGGACAUUCAACACAGUGUGGUUCUACUUUGGCGUGGUGGGUUCCUUCAUCUUCAUCAUCAUCCAGCUGAUCCUGCUGGUGGACUUUUCUCACACCUGGAACCAGUCUUGGCUGGAGAAUGCUGAGGAGGGAAACAGCAAGUGCUGGUUUGCAGCUCUCCUGUCGUUCACGGUGCUGCACUAUGCCCUGGCCUUCUCUGCUGUGGUGUUGUUCUAUGUCUACUACACCACAGGAGAUGACUGCACAGAACACAAGGUCUUCAUCAGCCUCAACUUCAUCUUCUGCAUCAUCAUCUCCAUCAUUGCCAUCCUGCCCAAAGUUCAGGAGGCCCAGCCCAGCUCAGGCCUGCUCCAGGCCUCCCUCAUCUCCCUCUACACCAUGUAUGUCACAUGGUCCGCCAUGACCAACAACCCCAACCGUAAGUGUAACCCCAGCCUGCUGAGUCUGGUGAACAACACCCUCAGCCCUACACCUGCCCCAGGGCAAGAUGUCCAGUGGUGGGAUGCACAGGGCAUCAUAGGACUGGUCAUCUUCUUCUUCUGCACUCUCUACGCCAGCAUCCGUUCGUCCAACAACACCCAGGUGAACAGGCUGAUGCAGACAGAGGAGGGCCAGGGUCUGGCUGCAGACGACCACGAGGCGGCCACGGGGGAUGACGGGGUCAGACGGGCCGUGGACAAUGAGGAAGAUGCGGUCACCUACUCGUACUCCUUCUUCCACUUCAGCCUGUUCCUGGCCUCCCUCUACAUCAUGAUGACACUCACAAACUGGUACCAACCUGACGCAGACUACCAGGCCAUGCAGAGCAGUAUGCCAGCUGUGUGGGUGAAGAUUAGCUCUAGCUGGAUAGGCCUGUGUCUCUACCUCUGGACCCUGGUAGCUCCUCUCAUCUUCUCUAACCGAGACUUCAACUAAAGGCAUACACAUUCCAUCCAGGGCUAAGUCCCAAAUGGCACCCCUAUUCCCAAGUAGGAAUAGGGUGGGUGUCUUUUCAGAUUUGCUAAGGGACUUUAUUGUUUGGCAUGUUUUGAUUUACAUAUUUUCAUUGUGCUGCUUGAAGAAGGGGACCACUGUCAUAAUUAUUAUUAUUAAUUUUUUUUUUUGGGGGGGGCUGGUCUCAUUGACUA